AAAAUAAAAAGGCGAAAAGGCGCCCUGGGCGCACCGAAGCGCACAGAAAAGCAGCUGCAGCUGCAACCAGAGCCGACGACAGGCUAAAAAGGCAGUCGCGAGCAGUGAGCACACGAGCGCGGGGGCCAUGGCCAUGGCCGGCGCCGACGGGCCCACCGCCGGCGCCGCAGCGGCGGUGCGGUGGCGAGGCGGCGAGUCCCUCCUCCUGCUGCUGCUGCGGUGGCCGUCGUCUGCCGAGCUGGUGGCGGCGUGGGGCGCGGCGCGCGCGUCGGCCGUGGCGCCGGCGCUCGCGGCCGCGUCCGCCGCGUGCCUGGCGCUCUCCGCCAUGCUCCUCGCCGACGCCGUGCUCAUGGCCGCCGCCUGCUUCGCCCGCCGCCGCCCCGACCGGCGGUACCGCGCGACCCCGCUCGGCGCCGGCGCCGGCGCCGACGACGACGACGACGACGAGGAGGCCGGCCGCGUCGCCUACCCCAUGGUGCUCGUCCAAAUCCCCAUGUACAACGAGAGGGAGGUGUACAAGCUGUCGAUAGGAGCAGCUUGCGGACUAUCGUGGCCGUCGGAUAGGCUCAUCGUGCAAGUUCUGGAUGAUUCUACGGAUCCAACGGUCAAGGGUCUGGUGGAGCUUGAAUGCAAGUCUUGGGGUAAUAAAGGCAAGAAUGUAAAAUAUGAGGUGAGAAACACCCGGAAAGGAUACAAGGCUGGUGCACUGAAAGAAGGAUUGCUGCGUGAUUAUGUGCAACAGUGCAAUUAUGUUGCUAUAUUUGAUGCUGAUUUCCAACCGGAACCUGACUUCCUCCUGAGAACAAUUCCAUAUCUUGUGCGUAAUCCACAGAUUGGCCUUGUUCAAGCACAUUGGGAAUUUGUUAAUACCAGUGAAUGUCUGAUGACAAGGAUACAGAAGAUGACACUACAUUAUCACUUUAAAGUAGAGCAGGAAGGAGGUUCAUCCACCUUUGCCUUCUUUGGAUUCAAUGGAACUGCUGGUGUUUGGAGAAUUUCUGCCCUUGAAGAAGCUGGGGGAUGGAAAGAUCGAACCACAGUUGAAGACAUGGAUUUGGCAGUCAGAGCUGGUCUUAAAGGAUGGAAAUUUGUCUAUCUUGCAGAUGUCAAGGUAAAAAGUGAACUUCCAAGCAAUCUGAAGACAUAUCGUCAUCAACAACACCGGUGGACCUGUGGAGCAGCAAACUUAUUCCGGAAGGUUGGAGCAGAAAUAUUAUUCACUAAGGAGGUACCAUUUUGGUGGAAGUUUUAUUUGCUCUACAGCUUCUUUUUUGUGAGGAAGGUUGUUGCCCAUGUGGUACCUUUCAUGCUCUACUGUGUAGUGAUCCCGUUUUCGGUCCUAAUCCCCGAGGUCACUGUUCCUGUUUGGGGAGUGGUUUAUGUCCCAACAACAAUAACACUUCUACAUGCCAUUAGAAACACAAGUUCAAUCCACUUCAUACCAUUCUGGAUCCUCUUUGAGAAUGUCAUGUCGUUUCACCGAACAAAGGCGAUGUUCAUCGGCUUGCUGGAGCUGGGUGGUGUGAAUGAGUGGGUGGUUACUGAGAAGCUCGGCAAUGGCAGCAACACAAAGCCUGCAUCUCAAAUACUGGAACGGCCUCCCUGCAGGUUCUGGGACAGAUGGACAAUGUCGGAAAUUCUGUUCUCCAUCUUCCUUUUCUUUUGUGCGACCUACAACUUGGCGUAUGGAGGCGACUACUAUUUCGUUUACAUAUACCUACAGGCUAUAGCAUUUCUUGUCGUUGGCAUCGGUUUCUGUGGAACUAUCAGCUCUAACUCGUAGCAGAGAACAACACUGAUUAUUACUGAAGGGAUUGCUCACUCUAGUUCAUGGUGUAAUAACCUCAGCCCUUUGUCUAAUUGUCCUGUGCUAUGCACAUGAAGGCAAAGAUCGCCUGGUAAUAUGACCUUGUUGUAAUUUAGUUCAAAGAUCCACGUUUCAUUUUAUAGGAGAAAUGCUUGUUGUAGUGUUGCGUCAUUGACUCGUUGUGCUGGUUCAUGUUCAUUGUACUCUUCAGGCUAACUAGAGGUUGGGGCGCGCCAAUGGCGCGCCGCCUGUGCGCUAGCAGGGUGAUAAAGCAAGUGUAAUUUAUUAUUUAAGGGAAAUCGUCACAUGAGGAUCAAAGCAUAUCAAAGCAGGCAGUCAUAUGUAAAUAGAGUUCACUUUCAAUCACAUACAUAGAUAGCACUA